UGUUUUAAACCCCCACCCUGGAGCUAAGUGAUUUGUAUUCAUUCAGUUAGUGAUUCGGCUCGAAUUGGAUUGUUUAUUUCACUGAUUUGCAUUAUAAAAAAAACAUUCGAAAAAGAAAUUAGGUCCAUAGAAGUCAGAUUUAUUUAUUUUUAACAUUAACAGAAGCGACCUUAUCACAGACUCUCCUGUACAUCAACAAACAGCCAGCAUAUUUUCCCAAUUUGCGUCCUAUUAUCCCUAAAACUUCUAGUAAGGUCUAAUGAAAUGCUCCUUUUGUUAUGAUGGUCCUGUUCAUGCUUAAAAUACGAGUUUUCGUCUCUUUUUUUGCUUUCUAUAAGCUACCGGUGCUUUUCAUAAACCUUAGGUGUUUUUGCUUUACAUAGGCUUCAGGUUUGUUUUGUAAACACCGAAUCGAUAAUCACCAAACAAUCAUAACAGCGACAACCGGGAUGCUUUGUCUCAAACUGCUUUUUUGAAAAUUUGUCAUCGAAGCUCGAAACAUGACUGAUAUGGCUCUAAUGCACGUAUUAAAGAAAGAAAAGCUAUUUCUCUAAUAAAUACAAGCUAACACAAUUAGUUGUUACAUGGCUAAUAUAUAAAAACUCCAAAGAUCUCUCAGUGAGAAUAAAGUAGAGAGGAUUGACUAAGGACAUACUAUAUGCUCACUCAUUGUCGAACGUUAUUGUUCCGACUUUCGAUACGAAAGUAACGGAAUAUUUGUGCUCGGAGUGGGUUUUUUUUCUUCAGACAAAUGUCGACUUUUUUAACUAGCCAAUUUUGACAGAAUUGUUUUUAUAUCGUUCAAAGGUAUUGUUGUCCUGAGCUCAAGUUUGAAAAGAUAUUUCAUCUGUGAUCGUUUUUCGUAAAGUUACGGGGGUUUAAAGAUUGCUAUUUUGGCCAAUUUGGGACAAUUAACGCGCGAUAUAUUUCGCGCUAUUAAUGCGUAAGCGGAGAGUUGAUCCGUCUUAGAAAUCGUUCCAAAUUGGUUAAAAGAAGCUUAUUUGCCAUAAUUGUUACAAGGAGCGAAAUCUAUCCUUUUGUACUUUAUAUGGCGUGUGGGGGAUGAUUUUCAUUAAAAAAAUUCAAAUUUUAGAAUAAAAAGUUUUUCAUAUUGUUUUAUUUCAUUGAAUUUUUUCAUGUUAUUACUGCUCCUUAAACCUUAAAAGGCAGUCGGGCUUCACCCUGAUACGAGCAGUCUUGUUAGGAUUAUCAAUUUAUUCGAGUCAGAAAAAUUGGUAGGGCCAAACUCCGUUACAGGCGACAAUUCGAAACAAGCGACGUUUCGUAACAAGGCAUUGGCAAGUAGAAUGCGCUUGCUCCGCUGCGCUUGUAUCGGGUAUCAGAGGAAUACUGCGCGUGAAUCAGUUUUUCCAGCUUGGUCUACAGUUACAAUUUGUCGCUUGUUACAAAUUGUCACCCGUUUUAAAUUGAAGGCCUGUUAGAAACUGUCGCCUCACAAGAAAAAUCAUUUGAAGUCUAUAAGAAAUUACUAGUUUAGAAACAUUUUUUUUUUCAAAUGGUUACUGCAGUAUAUCUUAUGAUAGGAAUUGUUUAGUGUUUAUUGGUGUCUUAGGAUGUUUCUUCACUGAUAUCGAAUAAUCAAAUAAAUAAUAACAGAAGAUAAAUUUUUUUCUUAAAGUUUUCUCAAGACUUGUGGUAAACUAAGAUACUUGACUGAGGGUCAUGACUUGAGGACAGGCUCUCAGCUUUAAACCAGACAUAGGCUUCAUUUUGGUACAGGGUGCUUAAAAAAUGACUUAUUUUUUCCCAGUAAAGUAGAAAAAAAAAUCCCAAACACUGCGAUAUCUCGAAAACUACAAAGUUUUGAGAUGCCAUGUUUACACCAUACUCGCAACCUACAACAGUAUGUAGGUUAGCAUUUAACCAAAGGGUCGUAAAAUUUUUAACUUCAUCAGCGGAUCAAAAAUUCUUCCAAUCUGCUUUAAUUCUUCUAAUAUCAAAGCUCGACGGUUUCGAAUUUAAAAAUUUUUGUUUGUUAAUUGAAAUUGACUGUAAUUUGCAAUUUAGAAAACCAGUUCAAAAAAUUGCAAUAUUUAAAUUCCUUGGUAUUCGGACCACCGAAGACGAAUAUCCUCGCCACCGUCGGUGGUCCGAAUUUCAUAAGUUGCAAAUAACAGUCAGUUUUAAUAAAGAAAUAACAAUUUAAAAAUUCGAAACCGUCGAGCUUUCAUAGAUUCGACCUUAGUUCGCUGGAAGUGUGAUUUAAACUUUCAUUAUACCUAUGAAAUGAAAUACUGUGUCUUGCUCUGGUUGUUCUGGCAUGUUUAUAUAGCUCGCCUGGAGAGGGAUAAAAAUUAAAAACAGACAUCUGGCAUCAAUAUCAGCACAUUUUAUUUGUUGUAUUAACCGAAUGAGCUCCUAAGAAGCUCCAUAAAUUUUUAUCUCCGGCUGAGACUGCUGCAAUUAGACAUACUUUUCACUUUAUUUUUAUAGUGAAAGAGCCGAAAUUUUAAAUGCAAUACAUGCACAGGCCACAAAUGGUACAUAAUCAAACAUACAUAUCAUUCAUCAAACAACUUCGCUUUAUUUUAACAUGGCUCACAUUACGGUGAUAAAUGCUCUUUACAAAAAGUUUAAUUGAAGCUGAACGAGCUAAAUCAGGAAAUUGUGUAUUGGAUUCAAGAGCUGGACGUCGGCGGCGAAUCGAGGUUUAUACCCACUGAAAAUUAAAUAUUGAUUAGCUUGGCUGAAGGAAGACGAUAGUUCAUUCGGUUGCAAAAUGAUCAAAUUUGGCGUCUAUAAAAAUAUUGUUCUUUAAUACAAACACUUCAUCUUAUCCACAUCGCAUUGCAAGUUAUAAACAACUCACGCAUUCAUUUUGCUCUCUGGAGAAUAAAGAAGUUCUGCAAACCGUUACAAAUAAUAUCUCUUUUAUUAUUUACCCUCAGUUCUUUUUUGACCCAAGAAGCAUAUACUUCCACCUUUGUACACUUGUGAUGUGUAUUCUUAUCAUCACCUUACUGGUCGAUAUUAAUAUACAUUAUAAGCUAUUUCCCUACCCAUCCAAGUAAUAGUAAACAAAAGCAACCCUUUUGAGUAUUUUUUCAUUCGGGAAUAAAUUAGCAAAACUUGCGAGUGUAUUCACAUUUUUUGGUGGUUGGAAAUGCGAGUGGAGAAAGUUUUGGUGUGUACCUUGACACUUAAAUUGUUUUAAUUUCAAACGGGGCAAUACCGUUAAGAAAAAAAAUAGUCGAAAAAAACUCGCAUUCAUUCUGCGAAAGUGUUGAGUAUUGAUAAUAAAUAACUGAUUGGUUUUGUUUCCGUUUCCAGUUGAAGUGUCUUAAAGAAAUCCCGUUGUUAAUCUUUGAAAACAGCGGUUGCACAUUGGGUUGUUUUUGCGUAUAUCACUUCUCAUUUGUUCAGGUGUGCAUUUCAAAUUAUUCUGUCACCUCGUGAAUGAAACUUAAUAACCCGGAAGUAGUAUAAGGUAAUCAAACUUGAGAAUUAUUAAGUUGGUACGCAUGCGUGGGAUACGUUUAUUUCCACCAAAGAACUGAAAGCUUCAAAUUUGUUUGUAAUCAACAACUAAACGCAAGGUCGCACAAUUGUAGCCAGCAUAAAUCUCUAGGAAAUAGUAGAGUGACAAUAAGACCGCCGCUAGUAACUGCCAAAACUUUGCACCUUUUACCCUUAAGCUCGAGGCCGUCCUUCAAAAAACUCGAAAAGUGGGCAUAAUUUUGGGCUUUGCAUUGUGGUGUAACAUAUUUUUUUCGCUCAAGGGUGGAAUUAUUUACCCUUGGACGUAUCAGCAAAUUAGAUUAGUAGAAAUUGACUUGACUUUUCCCCGAUAGAAUUGAAACUGAAAAUGAGGUGAAAAGUGAGCCGUGCUGUUCCACCUUUUAUUCGAUCCAGAAGUCUAUUCCCUUUAGUGAUUAGCAAUCAAUUUUCAUCACUUGGGCUAUUUUUCCACGCCAUUCACUUCGUAUUUUGAUGUAGAUUAUCGUUAUUUUUAUCAAACAUGAACUCUGAUGGUAGAUGUAGAUACACAAAAGUAAAGUGAGGCUUAUAAGUUAGCAUCAUCGUCAGGGCUGAUAAGUUAUUAGCAUCAGGCAAGCUGAGGUGAAGAAUGCGAUUUAUUUAUCAUUACCUCGCUCCUAUUAUUACCCUCUCUUUGCUUUUACUAACUUAGCGGUCUAAUAAAUCAGCAAGACAGGUUCCCAUUUUAACCAAGUUAUUUGAUUUGAUUCUUCUAACACACUUACUUUCCUUUCACUGGUCGUGAAUGAAUGGUGAUUUUGAUGUCAUUUCCCCGGGAGGCCCCAUUUUAUUAGUGUUAUUUGUAACUACCCGGGGACCCAAACAAAGAUAACCAACUAUUACUUCGCCCCCGAGUUUCCCUUUCUUGACGCUUCCUUUUCCGCAGGAUCAAAAACUAAUAACGAGGCGACUGCUCCCAGUAUGGUAUUCACCAUACAUUGGAUAAGCUGCAAAUAAUCCGAUUGAUCAUCAAAUGACCUGUCUGCUCGUAAACAAACAAGUUCUUUGUUACGGUAUAUUUCUAAUUUCACUGCAAAAAUCCAAUAAAUAUCAAAAUAUAGCUUGAUGUGGCAAAGUAAUGAUAGAUUAAAAAUGGAUAUCCUGAACGUAGAUUGUAGUAUACAGUUUUAACUAUUAUUGAAGUUCUAGCUUCCUUUCGCCUUCUCUUUGUUCAAAUUUUAAUUUUUUGUUCAGCUUUCAUUGUAUGUAAGCAUCAGACUGACAUCAGUGCCUUAUUUUUCACAUCCGGUUCAGACUGUUUUUUUUGGUCUGGCCUUUUUUGAUCUUCACUUUUUCCGGAUUAUCACUUACUUUUUACCGGACUUGAUUUUCACCGGAUUCCCCUUGGAAUCGAUACUCAACAAUGCAGACUGCCGUUCUGUCUGGCGGAAAUGCUAAUGCCCACUACUCUGGACUUCCCCUAAGAGGGUGCUACAGACGUCUGGAUUUCGAACUAGUUGCAUGUUGCUGUGUGAUCCUCCUUCUGGCCCCUUCUGUGAUCAUUUUGGUGUACGAUUACUACAAGGUGGGGGACAGCCUCUACAAGACGCCCUUCCUCGGUCCGGGAGAGUGUCGCAACAUAUCGGCUGGACCAGUUAGCAUCAUCCAAACACCACAAGAAAUUCCGAUAGCCAAGGGAUCAAAUCUGACCUUCACCUGCAGAGCCAAUGCACCUGCAUAUUGGCAGUGGUUCAAGGAUGACGAAGUUUACAUGCAGUAUACGGCACUCAGAAAAGCGUCAAACAACCUCACAUUCUACAACAUCUCUGAAGUCCAUACUGGUGCAUACCAAUGCAUGUCAUUUUUAGCCGAUCCGCUCUGUGAUAUCUCAGAACACUUUAAUUUAAGAGUGCUCACCCUGUCUGAACAGACAAUUGAUUAAUUAAUUCAGUUUUGGUUAAUGGAGAAUAUAUUUGAAUUUCAGUUUGGAUCCAAUUUUAGCUUUAAUUGUAUUUUGACGAGGUUUUAGUUUUUAUGAAAGCGAGCUAGAGAGCAGAUUGCUAUAAA